AUGGAAGCUGAACCAAUGUUUGAAUGGAAAGAAGAACACGGCGACAUCCUUGAGAGGAUUGCGUCCACGGACGUUGUCGAGACAGAAUGGCCUUUACUGCGUAACAUCAUUAAGCACCAGCUUAGCAAGAACAUGGCAGCUUACUUGACCGAUGGCCCGAGGUGGGAGGGGCGACCCCCGUUGAUGAUCGCUGCGCCUCAGCAGCUCCCCAACGGCGGACUAAGGCUCCCUCCGUUCCCCUCUCGGGAUCAUAAUCCCAACAACCCGAACCCGCCGCCGCCGAAGGUCGAUCUAGACGAGAAAGCGGCGGAGGACAUGAAGAUAUCUAUUCAUGCCCAGCUAGACGACUUCGAUGCCACGCCAUUCACGAUCCAGCGCAUAUGCGAGCUUUGCGUGCGACCACGGCAACACUACAAGUAUAUUGGCAAAUACUUGCGGGCGGUGGAGAAGUGCCUGCUGGUCACGUCCUCCUGGGACACCUUCCCGGCUCUAACGGAGAUCGAAAGCACGUAUUCCACAAGCGGCCAUCCCUCCAUCAGCACCUCCGCCGUAUCCGCCCCCAACACGCCCAUGUUCUCACCCAUACCCUUCCUACACGAAGACGCUCGGCGCUCGAAAUCUAGGAGUCCGCCACCGAGCCCGCUCGUCCUUCCCGAGACAUUCGCGGGCAUUAGCGCGGCCCAAGAAGGCACGGAACCGAAGGUGCUAGGUCUGGUCGACGAGCUGGAUGACCCGAGCCCAGGCCACUUGAGCGACCACAUAGAACCCAUCUCUGCCACAACGACGGUGCCAUCCAGACCAAUACACCCAAGCCUGGAAGAGCGGUUUGUCAAGUCGACAACCGAAGAGGCCGCGAAGGCCGAGAGCGCAAGCGCGAGCACAAGCACAAGCGGAGGUGUAGACCCGCCGAUGGCACAGGAUGAAGACGAAGGGAAGGAAAACAAGGCAGUGUAA